AAAAAACUUUUCCCUUUUUUUUCUCUUGCUUCACUUAUCUGGGGAAAAACUUAAGGAAGAGAGAGAAAGGAUUCUGUGUACAAUAAACCAAUCUACAUAUACAUCAUUAUACAACCAUCAUAUACACAUCUUCUGUCACAUAUCAACAAAGUUUAAUAUAAUAUAAAUCAUGGAUAAUCAACAAGUGCUUCGUCCUUUAUCUAUCAAACAAAACACAACCGAGGUUUCCGUUCUCGUCCCAGCCAACAUUUGGGUUCUUGCUGAGCAACUUAGAGAAGAGUUCCCUGUCGAUAACGAUAAUGUAGAAGAAAUCACUCAAAUCGAACUCGCUGCCAAGUUUUUAUAUUUCACUACAGUCCGUGCAUCUAAUGAACCUCAAUUUUUACCUGUCGCACGGACAUUGUUUGUGGACUUCGGUGCUCAAUAUCUUAAAAACAACGAUGUCCAUGCAAUCUCUCGUUCUCUAUCAUCAUCCGAAUCUAAGAAAAUCGUCAUCCAAGCCUACUAUAACGCUCUGGUCGUACUCAAGGAAUAUAAUGUCUUAUCAGCUGAAGAGGCUGCACCUACCAAGUCUGCUCUCUUUGAAGCUGCUACUCGUGGUGACGCUAAACUGUUUGCCAUCUUUGGUGGUCAAGGUAACAUUGAGGAAUAUUUUGAUGAACUCGCCGAUAUUUGGGAAACUUAUCAAGGCCUCGUCAAGCCUUUCGUCGAACGUAUGGCCAUUGUCCUCGGUGAAUAUGCUCGCAGCCCCGAAGCAAGCGUACUUCAUUCCAAAGGUUUAGAUAUUAUGCGCUGGUUAGAUAACCCAGAGUCAAGACCAGAUCUUCAAUACUUUGUUUCCGCACCUGUCAGUUUCCCAUUGAUCGGUCUUACUCAAAUUCUUCAUUACUUUGUUAUGAUUCGUGUUCUCGAAUGGACUCCCGCCAAGAUUCGUGACUUGUUUGCUGGAUCCACGGGUCACAGUCAAGGUAUCAUCAGUUCAGCCGUUAUUUCCGCGUCAUCCACCGAGGAAGAAUUUGUUCGCAAUGCUGAAAAGGCAUUGGGUCUUCUCUUCUGGAUUGGUACCCGUGCUCAACAAGUUUUCCCUCCUACCACCUUAAACCCUGCCGUCUUGGAAGAUUCAAUCAACAACAAUGAAGGCAACCCUACCCCUAUGCUUGCUAUCACCGGUUUACGUGAAAACCAAGUUCUCAAGCAUGUUGAGGAAACCAAUUGUCACUUGGCUCCUGAUCGUCAAAUCGAAGUGACUUUGCAUAACGGUCCUCGUUCCUUCGUCUGUACCGGUCCUCCUCAAUCCUUGUACGGUUUGAACCUUACCUUGCGUAAGCUCAAGGCUCCUACCGGUCUUGAUCAAUCUCGUGUACCUUACUCUCAGAGAAAGAUCAAGUUCUCUUCUCGCUUCUUGCCUAUCACAGCACCUUUCCAUAGUGUUUACUUGAAAUCUGCUGUUCCUAUCAUUUUACAGGAUGCCGACAAGCAUAACCUCCGCUUCAAUGCUAGUGAAUUGAAGAUCCCUAUUUAUGCUACUGAUUCUGGCGAGGAUCUUCGUAAAUCUGAUGAUCUCACCAAAUCAUUACUUUCACUUAUUUGUGAACACCACGUUCAUUGGGAAAAUGCGAUCGCUGCCAAGGACUUGACACACAUUAUUGAUUUUGGACCUGGUGGUACAUCCGGAAUUGGCGGUUUGACCUACCGUAAUAAGGAAGGUACGGGUGUACAAAUCGUGUUGGCCGGUGCUCUUGAAGGUGCCAACAGAGAUUUGUCAUACAAGGCCGAUCUCUUUGAUUCUGACAUUCGUUCUGUCACCUAUUCUCAAAACUGGGCAAAGGUCUUCCAACCCAAGUUGGUGCAAACCACAAGCAAUGGACGUAUUCAUGUGGACACCAAGAUGUCUCGCUUGCUGGGUAAGCCACCACUUAUGGUUGCUGGUAUGACUCCUGCCACUGUCAACGAAAAGUUUGUUGCUGCUGUCAUGAAUGCUGGUUAUCAUGUUGAAUUGGCUGGUGGUGGUCAUUUUAAUGAAGCCGUACUUCGUGAUAAGGUUCACAAGAUCAUGAAUCUCACUCGUGCUGGUGAAGGUAUCACCUUGAACAUCAUCUUCUUGAACGUUCGUCAAUGGGGAUUCCAAUAUCCUUUGAUUCAAGUGAUGCGUAAGGAAGGUUUGCCUAUGGAAGGUCUCUGUGUUGCCGCUGGUGUUCCUUCUCUUGAAUUAGCCAACGAAAUCAUCGCCAACCUUCAAGCCGCUGGUCUUCGUCAUAUCGCUUUCAAACCUGGUAGUGUCGAUACCAUUCGUCAAGUCAUUGCCAUCGCUGCUGCUAACCCUACCAUGCCCAUCAUCAUGCAAUGGACUGGUGGUCGUGCUGGUGGUCACCACAGCUUUGAAGACAUUCAUCAGCCUAUCCUUGAAACCUAUGCCGCUAUUCGUCGUCAACCCAACAUUGUUCUCGUUGCUGGUUCCGGUUUUGGUGGUGCUGAUGACACUUUACCUUACAUCACUGGUGAUUGGUCAGCUAAGUUUGACUAUCCCCCUAUGCCUUUCGAUGGUAUCCUCUUUGGUUCUCGUAUGAUGGUUGCCAAGGAAGGCUUGGCCUCUCCUGCCGCUAAACAAGCCAUGGUUGAUGCUGCCGGUGUAGAUGAUGCUGAUUGGGAAAAGACCUAUAAGGGUCCUGCUGGUGGUAUCAUCACCGUCUUGUCCGAGCUCGGUGAACCUAUCCACAAGGUUGCUACACGCGGUGUUCGUCUCUGGAAGGAACUUGACGAAAGUAUCUUCUCCUUACCCAAGGAAAAGCGUCUUCCCGCUCUUUUGGCCAAGAAGGACUACAUCAUCAAGCGCUUGAACGCUGAUUUCCAAAAGGUCUGGUUUGGUCAGAAGAAGACUGGUGAAGCUGUUGAUCUUCAAGAUAUGACAUACUCUGAAGUUGUCUACCGUUUGAUUCAAUUGCUUUAUGUCAAGCAUGAAGGCCGCUGGAUCGAUGUUACUCUUCGUGAUUUGGUCGGUCAUUUCUUACGCCGUGUUGAAGAGCGUUUCACCAAGACUGAAGCUCCCUCUAUGCUUCAAAACUAUACUCAAUUGAACUCCCCUUAUCCUUUCGUUGAAGAGUUCAUGGCUCAAUUCCCUGAUGCCGAAACUCAAUUGUUGACCUCUGAAGACGUUCUUCACUUUAUUGCUCUUUGCAAGAACCCUAUCAUGAAGCCUGUACCAUUCAUUCCUGUCAUGGACAAGGACUUUGAUAUCUGGUUCAAGAAGGACUCUCUCUGGCAAUCUGAAGAUCUUGCCGCUGUUGUUGAUCAAGAUGUCCAACGUACAUGUAUUCUUCACGGUCCCGUUGCUGCCAAGUAUGCCACUCGUGUCGAUCAACCCGUUGGUGAAAUUCUUGGUGACAUUUACGAAAGCCAUAUUCAAAGCUUGAAGGAACGCUACUAUAAGGAUGCUCCUAUCCCUCAAAUUGAAUAUCUUGGUGGUAGUGCUAUUCAAAACUCUCAAGUCAAAGAGACCGCCUCUGGUAACGACCGCGUUUAUGAGCUCACCUCCAGCUCCAUUGAUGAAUCUCAAUGGCUUCAAGCUAUUGCUGGACCCAAGUACAGCUGGCUUCGUGCUCUCUUAACCUCUUCCUUCAUUGUUCAAGGCAAGCGAUUCAUUGAUAAUCCUGUCAAACGUGUAUUCCGUCCUCGUGCUGGCCAAAGAGUUGUUGUCUCUACUGAUGCUCAAGGCAAUGUCACUGCUGUCAAGGUUCAAGACAGACGUCCCUGGAGCGCAACUGACAAGACAAAGGACUACAUUACUUCUGUUGAUGCCAGUAUCUCUGGCAAGUUAAUCAACUUCAACCUUUAUGAAAAGAGAGGCAAUGAUUUGAUUCCAUUCAACUUACAAUUCGAAUACAAACCUGAACUUGGCUAUGCUCCUAUCCAUGAAAUUAUGGAAGGUCGCAACGAGCGUAUCAAGGACUUUUACUAUAAGCUCUGGUUUGGUGUUGAUCACAAGGAUGAUUACUUGAAUGUUCCUGUCACUGAAAAGUUGAUUGGCACAGGUGAAUCCGUUCAAUCUGCUGAAGUCAAGGAGUUCUGCCAAGUUGUUGGCAAUCAAGCUGAAAUCUUUAUUGAUCGUGGUCAAAAGGUUGUUUAUGCUCCUAUGGACUUUGCCAUCGUUGUCGGCUGGAAGGCCAUUAUCAAGGCUAUUUUCCCCAAGGUCAUCGAUGGUGAUCUCUUGAAGCUUGUCCAUAUGUCCAAUGGUUACCGUCUCCUUGAUAACUCUGAGCUCCUCAAGGUUGGUGAUGUUGUUGAUACUUAUGCCUAUAUCAACGGUAUCAUCAACACUGACUCUGGUAAAAUUGUUGAAGUCAAGGGUACCAUUGUUCGUGAUGGUAAGCCUGUUCUUGAAGUCACUAGCCAGUUCUUGUACCGUGGUCAAUUCAAUGAUUAUGAACACACCUUUGAACGUAAGUCUGAAACUCCUAUGGAAUUCAAGGUCAAGGAUGUCAAGGACAUUGCUGUUCUCAAGUCCAAGGAAUGGAUGCACUGGACUGAUGCAUUGGAAAAGCACGAAGUUACCGUUGGCUGUUCUUUGAUCUUUAGAUUGAACUCUGAAGUCAAGUACAAGAACAAGAAGGUUUACUCUAGUGUCAAGACUUGGGGUACUGUUGACAUGCAGGUAUCUACCAAGGAAUUUGUUGAAAUUGCCAAGGUUGAAUACGAAUCUGGUGAGAGCCACGGUAACCCUGUGAUUGAAUACUUGAAGCGCAAUGCUCAAGAAAUCGAGCAAGCCCACUUCUUUGAAAAUGGUGGUUACUCUGUUAUGCCAAGCCAAUCCACUUACUCCUCUGUCGUUCGUGCUCCUUCUUCCAACGAGCCUUAUGCUAGCGUCUCUGGUGAUUUCAAUCCCAUUCAUGUCAACCCUUACUUUGCUGAUCUUGCUCAAUUACCUGGUACCAUCACUCAUGGUAUGUGGACUAGUGCCUCUACCCGUAAGUUUGUUGAAAUCUUUGCUGCCGAUAACGUCCCUCGUCGUGUCGUUGCUUACGAUGUCAAGUUCGUUGGUAUGGUCUUACCCUCUGACAGACUCGAGACCAAGCUUUAUCACACUGGUAUGAAGAACGGUCGUAAGAUCAUCAAGGUUGAAACUUUCAAUCAAAACAAUGAAAAGGUAGUUGAAGGUACUGCUGAAGUUGAACAACCUGUUACUGCCUAUGUCUUCACUGGUCAAGGUUCUCAAGAACAAGGCAUGGGUAUGGCCCUUUAUGACAGCUCUCCUGUUGCCAGAAAGAUUUGGGAUGAAGCUGAUAAGCACUUUAUGGAAAACUAUGGCUUCUCUAUCCUUGAGAUCGUCCGUAACAACCCCAAGGAAAAGGUCGUUCACUUUGGUGGUCUUCGUGGUAAGAAGAUCCGUCAGAACUACAUGAGCAUGACUUAUGAUACUGCCGAGGCUGAUGGUACCAUCAAGACCUUGCCAUUGUUCCCCACUAUCAAUGAGCGUACUGCUUUCUAUACCUUCCGCUCUCCUACUGGUCUUUUGUUUGCCACUCAAUUCACUCAACCUGCCUUGACAUUGAUGGAAAAGGCUGCCUUUGAAGACAUGCGCUCCAAGGAGUUGAUUCAAUCCAACUGUGCUUUCGCUGGUCACUCUCUUGGUGAAUACGCUGCAUUGGCUUCUGUUGGUGACGUCUUGCCUUUGACUUCUCUUGUUGAUAUUGUCUUCUAUCGUGGUAUGACCAUGCAGUCUGCAGUCAAGCGUGAUGAAGAAGGUCGCUCCAAUUAUGGUAUGGCCGCCAUCAAUCCUUCUCGUGUUUCCAAGACCUUUAACGACACUGCUCUUCGUUUCGUUGUUGAUGCUAUUGCUCAACGUGGCGAUGUCUUGGAAAUUGUCAACUUCAACGUCGAAAACUGGCAAUAUGUCGCAGCUGGUGCUCUUCAAAACCUUGAUGCUCUCACUAAUGUCUUGAAUUACAUCAAGACUGCUAAUAUUGACAUCCAAAAGUUGAUGGAAACCAUGUCUCUUGAAGACGUUAAGAAGCACUUGGAUGAAAUUAUUGAUGGUGUCUUUGAAAAGACCAAGGCUAAGUUGGCUAAGGGUCGUAUUGUUCUCGAACGUGGUUAUGCUACUGUUCCUCUUCCUGGUAUUGACGUACCUUUCCAUUCUUCCUUCUUGCUCAGUGGUGUCACUCCUUUCCGUGGCUUCUUGGCCAAGAAGUUUGAUCCUUCAGAUAUUGAUGUUGGUCAAUUAACUGCCAAGUACAUUCCUAACUUGACUGCUAAGCCUUUCAGCACUGACAAGAGCUAUAUUGAAGAUGUCUACAAGUUGACCUCCAGUCCUCGUUUAGCUGAAGUGCUUGAAAACUGGUCUCCUGAAAAGUAUGUCACACCUGCGCAACAGCAGCAUCUUGGUUAUAUUCUCUUGAUUGAACUCUUGGCUUACCAAUUCGCCUCACCUGUUCGUUGGAUUGAAACUCAAGAUCAAUUAUUCAAGAACUACCAAGUUGAGCGUCUUAUCGAAGUCGGUCCUUCUCCCACUCUUAGUGGUAUGGCUGUUCGUACUUUGAACCUCAAGUACCAAGCUUACGAUAAUGCUUUAAGUAACCGUCGUCAGAACUUGAGCAUUGCUAAGGAUUCUAAGGAAAUCUAUUACGAAUUCGAAAGCGCUGUUGAGGAAGAACCUGAAGCUACUCCUGCUCCUGCUGCUUCUACACCUGCCCCUGCUGCUGCUCCCGUUGCUGCUCCCGUUGCUGCCGCUGCACCUGCUCCAGCUGCUGGACCCGCCGCUGCAGUCAGUGAUGCACCUAUUACUGCCACCGAAGUUCUUCAUGCUGUCAUUGCUCAAAAGUUGAAGAAGUCUCUUGAUGAAGUACCCAUGUCCAAGGCUAUCAAGGACUUGGUUGGUGGUAAAUCUACUCUUCAAAACGAAAUCCUUGGUGACUUACAAAAGGAAUUUACCAACGCUGUUCCUGAAAAGUCUGAAGAAACUCCUUUGGAUGAACUUGGUUCUGCCUUGAACAAUGGUUUCUCUGGUGCUCUCGGUAAGCACUCUUCUACUUUGGUUGCCAAGAUGAUCGGUGCCAAGAUGCCUGGUGGUUUUACCUUGAACUCUGCAAAGACUUACCUUUCCAACUCUUAUGGUCUUGGAAGCGGUCGUACCGAUGGCGCCCUCUUGGUUGCCAUUACCAUGGAACCUGCUUCUCGUCUUGGAUCUGAAGCUGAAGCUAAGGCUUGGUUGGAUAGUGUUGCCCAGGCUUAUGCUAAGAAGGCCGGUAUCACUCUCUCUGCACCUGGUUCAGGUUCUGCUGGUGCCGCCGGUGCCGCUACUGCUGUUAUCAGCAGCGAAGAAUUAGACGCUUUGAAGGCUAAGCAAGAUGCCUUGAUUUACCAACAGCUCAACUUGUACGCCAAGUACCUUCAAAAGGAUCUGCGUGAAGGCGCCAAGAAGUACGAACAAGAAAAGACCACCACCGCUAAAUUGCAAGCUGAACUUGACUUGUGGUUGGCCGAACAUGGUGAUAUCUAUGCUGAAGGCAUCAAGCCUGUCUUCUCUGCUCUCAAGGCUCGUCGUUAUGACUCUCACUGGAACUGGGCUCGUCAAGAUGCUCUUGAGAUGUGGUACGACAUUAUCUUUGGUAAACUUGCUGUCGUUGACCGUGAGAUCACUGCCAAGUGUAUCCGUGUCAUGAACCGUGCUUACCCUCAAUUGUUGGAUUUCAUGCGUUACAAUGUCGAAAAGUGUGCAACUGACAAGGGUGAAACUUACAGACUCGCCAAGGAAUUCGGUCAAGCUUUGAUUGAAAACUGCGUUGAUGUGCUCGCUGAAAACCCUGUCUACAAGGACGUUGGCUUCCCUACUGGUCCCAAGACUACUGUCACUGAGAAAGGUGACAUUAACUACGCUGAAGUUCCUCGUCCUGGCUGCCGCAAGUUGGCUGAUUAUGUCAGAGACAUGGUUGCUGGUUCUCAAAUGACCGAGCUUUCUGAACGUCUCAAGGCCCAACAUGGUGUUGGUCGUAUGCCCUUCUUGCAUCUCAAGAAGAAGAACCCUAGUGAGCCAAGUGGAUGGGAAUUCAGCAAUGAAUUAACUUCUUCUUACCUUGACGUGUUGCGCGAAAUUGCUGAUAAGGGUAUCACCUUUGUUGACAAGUGUGUUCUUUUGACCGGUGCUGGUAAGGACUCUAUUGGUUCUGAAGUCUUGAAGGGUCUUGUUGCCGGUGGCGCCAAGGUCAUUGUUACUACUUCCCGUUUCAGUCCUCAGGUCACCAAGUACUUCCAAUCCAUUUAUGAAACUUAUGGUUCUAAAGGAUCUGAACUUGUUGUUGUACCUUUCAACCAAGGUUCCAAGUUGGACGUUGAUGCUUUAGUCAAUUACAUCUAUGAUCCUAAGGGACUUAACUGGGAUCUCGACUUUAUCAUUCCCUUCGCUGCUAUCCCUGAAAAUGGUCGUGAGAUCGAUUCCAUUGACUCCAAGUCCGAACUCGCUCACCGUAUCAUGUUGACUAACCUUCUCCGCAUGCUUGGUAAUGUCAAGACGCACAAGCAGAAGAUUGGAUCUGACACUCGUCCUGCUCAAGUCAUUCUUCCCUUGUCUCCUAACCACGGUACUUUUGGUGCUGAUGGUCUCUAUGGUGAAUCCAAGAUCUCACUUGAAACCUUGUUCAACCGUUGGUACUCUGAAAGCUGGUCUCAAUACUUGCUUAUUGCCGGUGCCGUCAUCGGUUGGACUCGUGGUACUGGUCUGAUGAGCGCCAACAACAUGGUUGCUGAAGGCAUUGAAUCUCUCGGCACCAGAACCUUCUCCACUGUCGAAAUGUCUUUCAACAUUCUUGGUCUCAUGCAUCCUUCUGUUGUUGAACUCUGUCAAACUGAACCUGUUUGGGCUGAUCUUAACGGUGGUCUUCAAUUUGUUCACAACUUGCAAGAAGUCAACAUGAAGCUCCGUAAGGAAAUUCGUGAAACUGCUGAAAUUCGUAGAGCUAUUGAUGCCGAGAAUGCACUUGACUUCAAGGUCGUCUUUGGUGAAGAAGCCGAACGCAAGCACAAGCCUCACAAGAUCACUCCUCGAGCCAACAUGAAGUUUGACUUCCCUAAGCUUAAGCCAUAUGAAUCCUUGAAGCACCUUAGCCAUCUUAAGGGUAUGCUUGAUCUUGAACAAGUGAUCGUUGUCACUGGUUUCGGUGAAGUUUCACCUUGGGGUAACGCCAGAACCCGUUGGGAAAUGGAAGCCUAUGGUGAGUUCUCUCUUGAAGGUUGCAUUGAAAUGGCCUGGAUCAUGGGCUACAUUAAGCACCACAACGGUAACUUGAAGAAUGGUAAGUUCUACUCCGGUUGGUUGGACGCUAAGACUGGUGAGCCUGUCGAAGAUAAGGAUAUCAAGAGCAAGUAUGAAAAGAAGAUCCUCGAACACAGCGGUAUUCGUUUCAUUGAAUCCGAAGUCAUGCAUGGCUACAACCCUGAAAAGAAGAUGCUCAUGCAAGAAAUUGUUGUUGAUCAUGACCUUGAGCCUUUUGAAUGCUCCAAGGAAGAAGCUGAGCAUUUCAAGCAUCAACAAGGUGAUAAGGCUGAUGUAUACGAAACUGCCAAUGGCGAUUGGUGUGUCAUCUUACGUAAGGGUGCCACAUUGUAUGUUCCCAAGGCUCUUCGUUUCGACCGUCUUGUUGCAGGUCAAAUUCCUACUGGUUGGGAUGCUGCCCGCUACGGUGUUCCUAAGGACAUUGUUGAACAAGUUGAUCCUGUUACUUUGUUCAACAUUGUUUCCACUGUUGAAGCCUUUGUCUCUGCUGGUAUCACCGAUCCUUAUGAAUUCUUCAAGUAUGUCCACGUUUCUGAAGUCGGUAAUACUACUGGUUCUGGCGUUGGUGGUCAGCUUGCUCAAAGAGGUCUCUUCCGUGAUCGUCUUCUUGACAAGCCUGUUCAAAAGGACAUUCUUCAAGAAUCCUUCAUCAAUACCAUGCCUGCCUGGAUCAACAUGUUGUUGCUCUCUUCAUCUGGUCCUAUCAAGACUCCUGUCAAUGCAUGUGCCACAUCUGCUGUCUCUAUUGAAUUGGCUUGUGAGUCCUUGCUCACUGGUAAAGCCAAGAUCAUGAUUGCUGGUGCUACUGAAGACAUCACUGAAGAAUCAAGCUAUGAAUUCGCCAACAUGAAGGCUACAUCUAACGCUGUUGAUGAACUCGAACAUGGUCGCACUCCUGCUGAAAUGUCUCGUCCUACUACUACCACCAGAAACGGUUUCAUGGAAGCUCACGGUUCUGGUAACCAUAUUCUCAUGUCAGCAGCCACUGCUAUCGAAAUUGGCUGUCCUAUCUACGGUAUUGUUGCUCUUAGUAACACUGCUACUGAUAAGGAAGGACGUUCCGUUCCUGCUCCUGGUGCUGGUAUCUUGACCACUGCCCGUGAAAGCUCUGGCAAGAGAGCAAGCCCCUUGUUGAACUUCAACUACCGUGCUAGACAAAUCAAGGCUCGUCGUGCUCAGAUCAAGGCCUGGGUUGAAAGCGAAUACGCCUUGUUGCGUGAGGAAUUAGAAGAAUUGAAGGCUUCUGGUGAAUUAGCUCCUGAAGAAGAAGAAUCAUGGAUUGAAGAAAGAACUACGUUUAUCCAUCGUGAAGCUAAGCGUCAAGAAAAGGAAGCCUUGAGCACUUACAACCAUCAAUUCUACAAGAACGACCCAAGCAUUGCUCCUCUCCGUGGUGCCCUUGCUGUCUAUGGUUUAACUAUUGAUGACAUUGGUGUUGCCUCAUUCCAUGGUACAUCUACCAAGGCUAACGAUAAGAACGAAUCACGUGUGCUCAACACUCAAUUGAAACACCUUGGCCGUACUAAGGGUAAUGCUCUUUUGGCUAUUACUCAAAAGUACUUGACUGGUCACCCCAAGGGCCCUGCUGCUUCUUGGAUGGCUAACGGUAUGAUCCAAUGCUUGCUCAGUGGUCUUAUCCCUGGUAACCGCAAUGCUGAUAAUGUCGAUGUUGUCAUGAAGGACUUCGAAUACAUCCUUUAUCCUUCUCGCUCUAUUCAAACUGAUGGCUUAAAGGCUGGUCUUCUCAAGUCUUUCGGUUUCGGUCAAGCUGGUGGUGAAAUCUUGAUUAUUCAUCCUGACUAUGUUCUCGCUUCAUUGGAAGAAUCUCAAUACAAUGAAUACAGGGCUAAGAACGCUCAACGUUAUGCCAAGGCCUACCGCUACCUUCAUGACUCUAUCACCGGUGUUGCUGACUUUGUUCAAGUAAAGACUGAAGCUCCUUACAGUGCUGAACUUGAAUCCUCUGUCUACUUGAACCCUAGCGCCCGUACUGAGUACUCCAAGGAAAAGAAAUCAUGGCACUUUACCAACAAGUCUGCUAGCCGUGCUACUCCCUCUAUUGGUGACGCAACUGUUACCAAGAACAUUCUUUCUUCCCUUACCGAGCAACAAGCUGGCAAGAAGGGUGUUGGUGUAGACGUUGAAUUGACCAACGCUUUCAAUGUUGAAAACGCUACUUUCAUUGAACGCAACUUUACUCCUGCUGAAAUUGAAUACUGUAACUCUCGCCCUGAUCCUCAAGCUAGCUUCACAGGUCGCUGGUCUGCCAAGGAAGCUGUCUUUAAGGCUAUCUCAUCUUAUGGCAACAUCGCCUCAUCAGGAGCUGGUGCCCCCUUGAACGAAAUUGAGAUCAAGUCCAAUGAAGUUGGUGCUCCCGAAGUUGUCUUGACCGGUAAAGCCAAGGAAGCCGCUGGAGCCGCUGGAAUUAAAUCAGUGAGCGUAUCAAUCAGCCAUAGUGGUGCUUACAGUGUUGCUGUUGCCCUUGCUCAGUAAAAAAAAAAAACAAAAAAAAAAACUAGAGAUUAGAAAUAUGUUUGUACCAAUGUGUUUAUGAAAUAAAAAACUAUUGUUUUGUUUAAAUUGUUCGUUUUUCUCUCUUUCUCUUUUGAAUAUAGCAAAGUUCUUUUUCUC